GCCUUGUUCUCUUUUGAUGAGGACGUCAAGGUCGUAGCCAUUACUUGCAAUGACCUGAGCUUUUUUCAGUCACUAGUCACAGACCCGAAAAGACAAUAAUGUCCUUAUCGCUUCCUUCUCGUUACGCUCUCUUCUCUGGCUCGACUCCUGUUCGCAUCAGCAGGAGCAACCUCUGCUUCGCCGUCUCCGCCGUACGAACUUCUCGCCGGAAUUCUAUACCAUUCACUCAGCCUAUCCUCCUCCGCCACGUCAUCUCUACCCGGUCGAAUUUCGAGAUCGAUCGAGACUAUAGACCUCAUGCGUCUUCUAUCGGAUCAUACGAGGAUAGCUCUUCUUCUAACGAACUAGAAGACGCCAAUUCGGAUGGUUUCGAUUUGGGCACCUUCGUUUCUUUCGCGGAGGCGCUUUGUAUUUUAUCUUCCGCCGUGAUUUCGGUGGUUCUCGCGGUGAAUUACGUGGUGGUUGGUGAAAUUGGGAAAAAGGUCUUGUCUUUAGGUUUCGUUGGAUUGGUUGGGUCAGUUGCCACUGGUUCGUGGCUUAGACGACGGCAAUGGAUGAGGAUUUGCAAAGGAGCGAGAGAAAGUGAGGGCACUAAUUUAAUUCGAAGGUUGGAGAAACUUGAAAAGGAUUUAAAGAGCUCGACUUCUAUUGUUAGAGUUCUUUCUAGGCAUCUGGAGAAGCUGGGAAUUCGGUUUCGGGUCACCCGAAAAGCUCUAAAGGAACCCAUUUCUGAGACUGCAGCUUUGGCUCAAAAGAACUCUGAGGCCACUAGAGUGUUAGCUGCACAACAAGAGAUUCUAGAGAAGGAGCUUGGCGAAAUCCAAAAGGUGCUGCUUGCUAUGCAGGACCAACAGCGAAAGCAACUCGAGCUGAUCCUUACAAUAGCAAAGAGCAGCAAGCUGUUUGAGAGCAGUAGUAGCAAGCAAGUGCCUAACGAACAACGGAAAGAUAAAGCAGAGGAAACCUCAACACCCAAACAGAUACUCGUUCAAUAAACCAGACAUAAUGCAAAACACACGAGACAAUGUGUAAGUUUUGUCUGGACAACAAGACUCGAAGAGAGCGAAAACACUGAAUUUGGAGAAGUCACUGUGGUUACGUAGCUGUAUUGUCAUCAUUGUUUUGGGAUUUGUAAUUUUCACUUGUAUCGAAUCAAAGUUUUUCCUUCUAAUAAGAAAGUUCUUGAAUC